UCGUUAUUUUAUUGGUCGUCGCAGCGUCGCAGGGCAGGUCGCCUCGCCGCCGUAACACUUUAGUAGCACUUCUACUUCCGUCGAGUUAAGACGCGCGUUCGUCAUCGCCGCCUGCUCAUUCGUCGCGGUUCGCUGUCUGUCUGGCUGUGACGAGAGAACCCUCCUCGUUCAUAAUCACCUUGGAUGGAGUAGAAUCCAUCCACCGGAAUAGUGGUCGGUUGCUGUCUUGCUUUUUUUUUUACUCGGGAAACUCAAAUUUCAUCGUCUGGAUUUCUUCGAAUUAAGCUUGCGUGAGUGCGGUUAUCGAAGCGAUGAUGGUUUUGCAUGAUCGAAAGUGAUUUCGGCGGGAGAUUUCUUCUUAAUAAUAAUUGCGAAACCUGUCUGUUUGUGUCUGUCGGUAAGAAAGUGAACUCGUCGACUCCGACUCCGAGACGUUGCACUCCGUGUUCUUCCUUUUUGGGUCAUCGAAGAAAAGUGAAACACUUUGUGGGCGGCUCUUGGUUCGAUUUGGCUUCGGUCGGUGUUUCUCAGAGGGAGACGAGUAGAGCCCCGCCAGGAGGAAAGUGUAGAAAUUGUACGAAAAUUUUCGGUUUAUCAAUAGACGCGGUGCAAUGCAUAAGUGAGUUCAGUGCGAAGGUGCAGUUCUCUAUGAGUCAUGCAGCGUUACAUAAGGAGUAGUUGACGAAUAGUGAAUGAUUCUACGUACUCUAUCGGAGGGAACGGCGAGAUCGAUUCGAUUUAUCCAAGUAAUCGUAGAAAUAGACACCUACCCAGUGCAGCCUACUACGCUUGGUUAGUGAAGUGCAGCUGUGGUACCGAGAGAUCGUAGUAGGCGCGAGAAGUUGUUGUUUACUUCGAACGUGGGCGCGCAAAUCUCGUUGGAGUGGAAAAUAAGGAAACAUUGGUGUUACACAGCUCUUGGUGUGGCGAAGAGUGAGAGUGAAAAUUUACUGUUUGUUCGUGUUGUGAGUGAUUUGUUUAUUGUUUCCCUGUAAGCGUCGAUCAAAACGUGCGUUUUUGAUUGGUGCAAUCUGUCAGUGGUAGUAACAGCAAUACAAUCGCAGUAACCGCUGCGUACAACGAGAGAGCAAGCAGAGAUCAUCUCCACAAAGCAGUUAUUCGGAGUUUGCGGAAUAAAUCGAAAGACAGCAUCAAGAUGGGGAUUUUCAGCUUUUAUGGAAUGAGAAUAAAGCAGGCCCCGAAGAAAAAGGACACAAUGACACAAGGGGGAGGCCUACAGCAGAGUGGCACCGCCGAGGAUGCUACCCAACAACAGAUUCCGAACAUUGCCGGUACGAUCACCGAUACGACGACAACCAGCCACAAGCAAAUCCACCAAAACCACCACCACCACCAUCCGCAUCAUGCACAGCAGUACCUCAACGGUGGCGUCCACCUGCACCAGCAUCUACCUCAGCUGCAUCCGUACUCGUCGUCGGUAACGGGCGGAAGUACCGGCCUGCUGGCGGCCAACAACGGGCCAGUCUCGGGUGGGGCAGGUGGUGGUGGUGGUGGUGGUUCGGCUCCUUCCACACUGACCAGUGGAGCAAAACUACCCGCCAAAACGUCCCCCAUAGGGCCGUCCCCAUUUCGACAGUUGCUUCCGGUGGCCCUUUGCAUCAUCUCGUUCGCCACGGUGCUCAGCAUACUGAUCAUCUACAUGGACACGACAGAAAUCCGACACCAGCAGUUCCGGUUAAACAUGUCCCGCGAUUACGACCUGAUGGGCGUGCCCCAGGAUAACCCCGCCCUGGUAAAGUACGUCCGCGACAUCCACAUGAAGAAGUACCCGAUGACCUUCAUGCGCAAUGCCAACACCCCGAUGGAGCACCUCAAUUUCACCAACCGGCACGAACUGACCCCGGAGAUGGCCCACUUCGUGUCCGAUCUGCUCGGCAAGAAGCGCUUCGGAACGUUCUUCCAGUCGCUGACCGGCAUUAGCGAUUCGAUGAUGACGGCCCCCUGGCUGGCGGAAACCAUGAACUGGGGUGGCUACCUGGUGGAACCCGAUCCGCGAAAGUACUUUUCCCUGCGCAAGCAGAACGCCUUCCGGCCGAACGUGCAGGUGAUUCAUGCGUGUCUAUCGCCGAACACCUACCCCAAAGAGGUAACGCUCCACCACGAUGACGACAGCGAGGUGCGCAUCAACAGCGUGCUGGACGAGGAAACGGAGUGGUUCCAUCCACGUGUCAAAUGCUUCCCGGUGUACACACUGAUGUUGGCCGUCAACAGGACAUCGAUUGAUUUGCUCAGCCUCGGCUGUCAGGGACAGGAACUGCAGAUCCUACAAACCAUCCCCUUCGACCGGGUUCACGUCAAGGUGAUAUCGAUCCACCUGGUGCACUACUACGAGGAAGACGAAAUGAUCAUCGACGUGGACGAGUACGUGCAGAAUAUCACCCGCUUCCUGCUGAGCAAAUCCUACAAAAUGGUGCGUAGCUUCGACCGGAACUUCAUCUACCAGUACGUCAGCAGCGUCAACGGUGGUGGCCUGGGCUCCAGCAUCAGUCGAGUGAACAGUGUGGCAGGACCCAGCGACGGGAACGUACCCGUUUCCGGUGAGAGUGGUGGUGUUGGCGGAGGUGGUAGUAGUGGCAGCAGCAGCAGCAUCAGCAGUAUUAGCAACGUGAAAACUACCAGCAAUAAGAUUAGUAAUAGUGAGAAGGGUGAGGUGAUCCGAAAGGUAUCCACAACGGCAUCGCCGAUGUCCUCCGCCGUCGUGUCCACGGUGAAGAUUGCGGUGGCCGCAGAGAUGUUGCUGGAUGGUGGUACUAGCAGCAGCAUCAGCAGCACCAGCAUGAUCAGCGGUACGAUGGCAAACGUGGAACGGGGAGCGAUUGUGGUGGAAGAUUUGGACGAGCCGGAACUGCAGGCAUCGCAGGCAUCCAGUUCGCCACCGAUGGUCACCUCGCUGUAGUUGACGGACGGUCUCGGGUUGGAUCUGCACGGAUGCCUUAUUGAGGAUGCGGCGCUUACUUGCUCUCUACUUUCAUUGGCGGUGAUAUCGUUGUCAGGCCUGUGGUGAGACACACCACGAUUUUUGCGCCACCACGACCGAGGAAGUGCGACUAAGCCCAACCGUAUGUAUUGUGUAUAGAUAUUCGAAAGUGAAGACGCAGAAGGCAACAACAUCAACGUUUAGCCGAAUAGAAAUCCUAUCACCGAAACACGGGUUCAUAAAACAUUUCCUUUGGAUUUAACUAUGUUAGCAUUUUUAUGCAUUCAGUUUUUUUUUUGCAUUUCAUUCAACGCUCUCUGUAGGACGGAUUCCGAUGGAAGCCGUACGGAAAAAAACGAACAGAAGAUAGACUACAUAUACAUAUAGGUACCGAAACCAUAUUCAUAUUUAUUGAAUUGUAGCCCUAAGGACAAAAUAUCAACCAUAAUUACUUGUUUGUGUGUGUGCGGCGAAAUGUUUCGCAGACACAUUUUAACAGAUUUUCAUUUUGGAGAAACACAAUUGCUCAAAGAAAUUAAGAAUCGCAAAAACGGAUUUGUUAAAUUAAUCGGUUCGAACUCACACCGUUCGCAUAAGAUAUACGAAUUGAAUUUGGUCACAGAAAAUGUCCUGUUCUGGGGCAGGCAAUGGUAGAUAAAUCAAAAAAGUUAAAACAUAGAGUAAAGGGGGUUACGACGACUCGUUGUAGAACCAUUUUCGGAUCACUUGUUUCGUAGAAAAUUGUUACAAAAACAUCGAAAUUAUCAAAUAUCAGCAAUUCAGGAGGAAAUCACGUACGGAUUUUUUGCUGAUAACAUUGAGCGUUUUAUGGCGAAUACUGUCAUUUGAAAUAGGCUGUAAAACCGGUUUGAAGCCCUAAUAAAACUAGGAAUAAUACUUUUGAAGUUUGAACUACAGAUGUGACUUGUCCAUCCUUUACUCUAAUAAUAUGAUGCAUUUUCAACUAAGAAUUAGUUAUUAGGACAAUUAAGUGAAACAACUUCAAACCGAAAACAUAGUAUUAUUUUGUCAUAAGAAUUUUAAUGAAAUUGUCACGGUUUUAAAAUUUAUUCUACUUUUCUACUUGGCAAAAACAAAAUUUACCUUGUUCAUCCAAACACAACAGAAAGUAAAAACAGAAACACAUGAAUGUAGUUUUAUACAUUUAUCCUUACCGGAGAAGAGCGACAAGUUUGGUAGUGAACAGCGAACGGACACUCUGAAUAACUGAUUAACUUAUUAAGUACCUAUAUUUCAUUUUACUGUGAACUGUUGGAAUUGAAAUACACUGAUGAUAAACUAUAGCUAGAAAUA